CUGUAGCUCCGGGUUGUGAUGGAGGAGGUUAAACAGAGACCCGAGUGGGAUAAUAAGAUCCAGUAUCUGCUCACCUGUAUUGGAUUCGCUGUGGGACUGGGGAACGUCUGGAGAUUCCCGUACCUGUGCCAGAUUUAUGGAGGAGGUGCCUUCCUGAUCCCGUACAUGACGGCGCUGGUGUUUGAGGGACUCCCUCUACUCUAUCUGGAGAUGGCUAUAGGACAGAGUUUACGGAAGGGAAGCAUCGGCGUCUGGAACAGUAUCUCACCGUACCUGGGUGGAGUCGGUGUGGCAUCCAUGGCCGUCUCCUUCCUGGUGGGACUAUUUUAUAACACCAUCCUGGCCUGGGUGCUGUGGUACUUAUUUAACUCAUUCCAGGAACCUCUGCCCUGGAGCCAGUGCCCUCUGAAUGAGAGCCAGACAGACUACGUGCUGGAGUGUGUUCAGGGAACUCCCGUGAAUUACUACUGGUAUCGUCAGACCCUAAACAUCACACCAGAUGUUGGCACCAGUGGCUCCCUGCAGUGGUGGUUGGUGAUGUGUCUGUUUGCAGCAUGGUGUAUCGUCUACAUCUGUUUCAUCCGAGGCAUCGAGACCAUCGGCAAGGCCGUGUACGUGACAGCAACGUUUCCAUACUUGGUGCUGACCAUCUUCCUGGUUAGAGCUCUUACUCUCCCUGGAGCCAGUGACGGACUUCUGUACCUGUUCACUCCAGACUGGCAGGUCCUGUUGAAUCCUCAGGUGUGGUUGGACGCUGCCACUCAGAUCUUCUUCUCUCUGUCUUUGGCGUUCGGAGGUCUUAUCGCGUUCUCCAGCUACAACCCUAAAGAGAACAACUGUGAGCGAGACGCUUUGUUAGUCGGCUGCAUUAACAGUGCUACAUCACUCUACGCCUCCAUUCCAAUCUUCUCCAUCCUGGGCUUCAAAGCUACCACCAACUACAACUCCUGCAUCCACAGUAACAUCCUGAAGCUGACCAACCAGUUCAACAUCGCCGAUCAGAACAUCACCAAGGAUAAUUACGAGGUCCGGCUGAGCUCGUUAAACUCCUCGUUUCCUGAUGAGGUAGCCAGCUUGGAUCUGAGACACUGUGAUCUGCAGAGGUUCCUGGAUCAGAGUGCCUCGGGGACGGGUCUGGCCUUCAUCGUGUUUACAGAGGCGGUGAUAGAGAUGCCAGCCUCUCAGGUGUGGGCCGUACUGUUCUUCGUCAUGCUCUUCAGCCUCGGCCUGUCCUCCAUGUUCGGGAACCUGGAGGGCGUCCUCACGCCUCUGCUGGACCUCCACAUGAUGCCCAAGUGGAUGCCCAAGGAGGUCUUUACAGCUAUAAUUUGUCUGGUGUCCUUCCUGGUGGCUUUGAUCUUCACCAUGGGGUCAGGAAAUUACUGGCUGGAGAUCUUUAACAGCUACGUGGGUUCCGUCCCGCUCCUCAUCAUCGCCUUCUUCGAAAUCAUCGGCGUCGUCGGCUUCUACGGGAUGAAAAGGUUCAGUGAAGAUAUCGAGUACAUGACAGGCAGAAAGCCCAACAUAUUUUGGCGGGUGUGCUGGAUGGGAAUCAGUCCCAUAAUGCUGCUGGUGGUGCUGGUGGCGUACGUGGUGGUCCAGGUUCAGGUGCACCCUGAAUAUCCGGCCUGGAACCCCGAAUACCCUCAGUUCCCGGAGUCGGAGGUGAAGCCCUAUCCUGAUUGGGUGUUCUCCAUCUGUGUGCUCCUGUCCGUCCUGCCGGUCAUCUCCAUCCCCGCCGUGGCUCUGUACCAGCUCAUCAGACGCCACGCCCGCUCACGCUCACGCCCACUCACACGCCCGGCCAACCCGUACAUCAACUCCACCUACCAACACGAGGCCUAGAGACCGAACACGCCGGGUCACCGAACACUGCAGCACUAUUUAUUAUCAUGUGUGAUAAAGUAUCGUCAGGGUAUCGUGAUAUUAGAGUGAGUAUCGGUUCACACCUCUGUUCUUUACCUUAUUAUCAUGUGUAAUAAAGUAUCGUCAGGGUAUCGUGAUAUUAGAGUGAGUAUCGGUUC